AUGUCGCCAUCCAAUGCCCACCAUUCAGACCCCUUGGCGAGACAGCAUACGAACGAGCUCGAACUCGGUGUCACGGAUGUUCUGCAACGUCACAUCACGCGCCAUGUCGUCCCGCCUAAGCCAGUGUCCCAACGGAAGCUGACGUUCGAGCAUAAGCGACCUCGUAUCCUGCGAGAGAUGAUGGCCGAGGCGACGGGCGUGUUCUUCUACGUCUUCGCCGGUAUAUCUUCUGUUGCUUCGUUUACACUGGCCACCACCAAUGGCGUAGGUGAGGCAGUGGGCGUCCCCGUGUUUGGCUCUCUCUUCCAAAUCGGCUGGGCGUUCGCCAUGGGUAUCGCAUUUGCCAUUAUUACCUGUGGAAGUACUUCGGGUGGCCAUUUCAACCCUGCAAUUACCGUCUGCUUCGCAAUUUGGCAAGGCUUCCCCUGGAAGAAAGUACCGCACUACAUCUUCUCACAGAUCUUCGGCGCAUUCCUCGCGGGUCUGAUGCUGAUGGCCUGCUACUGGCCUCAGAUCCAAGCGGCCAAGGAGAUCGACAUCCGCGAGCACGGCACGGCAGUGUACAAUGGCGGAGUCGCCAGCAUCCUGUGCUCAUUCCCGAACCCGGACCAAACGAACCAAGGCUUCCUCUUCUUCCAGGAAUUCUUUGUCGACAGCUACAUCGGCAUCAUCAUCUGGGCGUGCCUGGACCCGGCGAACCCGUUCGUCAGCCCGACCUCAGUCCCCUUCACCAUCGGCAUCGCGUACGCCACGAUGGUGUGGGGGUUCGCGGGCAACACGAUCAGCACAAAUCUCGCGAGGGAUCUGGGCACGCGCAUCGUCGCGGCCAUUUUCUUCGGCCGUGAGGCCUUUACCUUUUCCGACUCGUACUCGUGGAUCUCCAUCUUGGUCAACGUCCCCGCCACCAUCUUCGCCACCGGCUACUACGAGUUCCUCAUGCGCGAUAGUCUGCAAAAGAUUCAUCAGGGUCAUGCUGAGCACGCCGAGGGCGAUGAGGGCUUGCAGAGACAUAUCUCGAGGGUCACGGGCGCGGAUGUUUCUGGGCACCGCCAAAACGGGGAGUUCAGGAGUAAUCGUGGUAUCAUGAAUGCUACCGAGGAUGGGGUCAUUGAAAAGCAGUUUUGA